AUGGAAUCAUGGCGGGAACGAGGAUAUGUACCGGACUCGGACUCGGAGGAUGGGUUCGAUAGUCAGGGUACGGAGAGGGUGAAUCGGGAUGUGGAGGGUGGAGGUGAAUCUACUGGGCAUGAUAUCGACUUGGAUGUCGACCUUCGCGCUGCGACGGCUCCGGAACCCUCUCAUAGUGAUAAGGCGGAGCAAAACCCCAACACCUCGCAUGAUACCACCGGUUUUGGUUUCGAGAUCGUCAUACCCGGCAGAAACGCUGUUGGGAAUACCACGCUCGACCAGACGGAAGAUCCUGGAGACGACAUGGCUCCCCCCGCUUCGGACCCGAUGGAACUCGACGAGCCCGAAGACGAAGAGACUACUCCUAGGAGGCUGGGACCUGCCCAGCCGUCUCCUACGCUGUCGGCCGCUCCCGACUACGCUGAAUCGCCAUCGACCCCCAAGGCGCAACCGCAGAAGGAUAUAUGGGAUAUCCCGAGCUCGUCUCCGGAUGAACUGCAGCUUGUCGUCCAACCUCCGCCUAGGCAGACUACGCCCACUGCGCCUGCUCAAGAAGGGAGCCUAUUGCACCAAUUCGAUGACAGUAAUGAUCUUUCGCCUCUUUCCUCUCCGCCGUCAUCUCUUCAUUCAAUACGUUUCGAUGAGGAUGAGCAGAACGAUCAUGAACGACCAGAUCAAUUACCAAGAGGCAUGUUAGAGGAGUUAGAAGAGUUGCUGCCACUGCCAUCUGAAAUCCCUGAAGAUAUUCUACAGGACCAUUCACGGCCCGUGGGAAGAAGGUCCUUGCGCCAGCGGAAUCCAAUCCAGCUACACCCAUAUAUGCUGGAAGACGCGAAAUAUCGGAAUCUCAUGAUGCAACGGGGUGUCAAACCGGUACGCAUCGCUCAAUAUCGAGAAGCAUUGCGUGCCGCAGCGGCGGCUGGCGAAAGCCAAGUGCAAGACUUUGCCCCCAACGCCGAGUCUCCUUCGAGUAGCUCUGCGAUGGAGCUUGGGGUCGCGCCCUCGUCUCCUUUAGAGCUUGACUAUCAUUCUGAGCAAAUUGAACACAGACCUUCUACUCAUGAAGGCAUCAACCCUUCACACCCUGUGGAUAGCUCUCCGAUCCGCGAUGCUCGGGCAUCUAAGAGACGCAGGAUAUCAAAGCAUUAUGGAGGACACGGAGAUCACUCACAAAGACCAGUAGUGGUGGUCGAUAAUUCUUCACCUGCUCGCCGGUUUGGUAUUCCUCCCAGUCCGCCGCGAUCGGGAAGCGCCUCGUCGCCUCACAUUGCCCAACGACCCAAUGAGUUCAUUUGGCCCCGCGGGUUCAGUCCACCCCCGAUCCACACCCCCGACGCAGAACCAAAGUCUAGGGACGGUUUUGCAAACGAGGACGCUAUGGACGUAUCCGAACCUGUCGAUCACAACUCGAGUGAUGACCGGUCGGUGGCAUCCCAUAGCCCUCCUGGCUCAGAUGUGGAGCCGAACGGCCAGGAUACGAACGCUGUCCGAAAGUUCCAGCGCAGAAUCAAAGGUGUACUCCCCGCGUCAUGGCUUCGACUCGACCAGCAGAAGCAGAAGGAUGGGCUGCCAAGUUCCACGCAACGAAACCUGGAGAGAGCGGCUCGGCAGGAGAACUCCAAAGAUGAUGAAAGUGAUGAAGAACGAGACACCAAUGCCGCCGACGUCGAUGCACGCCAGAUACUAGCCAAAUUUGUUGGUUCGCAGGAUCCUUUCUUCGAGCAAGAUGGCGGGGGCGACAUUCCCGAGGACAAUCGGAUAGAUUACAUGUUUGAGUCUUCCACUCGUUCUUCGGGUCCACGGAAGCAGAAGCUGAACAAAUACCGACAAAACACGGGGGGGAGAGGGAUUGACCCCAAACACACAAAGAGAAACGGCCAUCCCGACGAAGUCCUCCAAGACUUGGUGUCUUGGACGCUCCGGACGUCGCUGCUCGAUCUCGAACCGAGCAGCCGCAGUUCCUUCGAGUUGCUGCGCGCAACGCACGAUUCCGUCAAGACAGGGGACGACAGAGUCCCACACCUUAGAAAACGCACUCCGACGCGAAGAGAAAUUGAUGCAUCAGACAGUCAAGAAGCACCUCCGCUACCAUCACCAGAGCCAGAAAUUACUGGGACGAAUGGCUCUCUACAACAAGAUUUCGAACUGUUGAAAGGCCUUCAGCGUUCAUACAGUGUUGAUUUCAACAUAACUCCUUUGGCUACGGGGACCUUUUUCCAUGAGUCCACGUUCAUCGGGAGUGGUGAAUUUUCUGCCUCUCUUGCGGCUGGCAAGCGUAACUUCGACGAGGCUGCCAGUUCCUUCCAUAUAAAUUUGGGCGAAAAGAGCUGUCGCUGGGGACCGUGGAACGAUACGGUUUCGUCUGAGAUUGGGAUCGCUUUUGACUGCAUGCUCAACCACACCGAAAGCGAGGAACAUGCAGACACAGUCGAUGAAAGGGCAGCGAGCAAUAGCCCCAUUGUAUAUCGACAACUAAUCAGAUAUGUUACAGAAAACCUGACAUUCAUCGAUCCUAUUGAUCGCAAGGGUUUCGUGCAAAGGAUGCAUGGCUUGGUCUACAAGAUCAAUGAUCAUCUGAUGACAUUCAUCCCAACGACUGCACAGGAGGCAGAUCUUCUUGCAAAGCUGGCAUCAUAUAACCUGGUGUUUGCAAACUUGACGAGCCAAACGGCUUGCCAUGAUCUUGUGGAGAAUGCCAUUGCUAAUGAGACGUUUGAGCUAGUCAAGUCGUCCUCCAGACAGGCCAUUGCACUCAUCGUCUCAAACCCAGCAGGGCAGUCCAGUAUCCUCAAGUUUCUCGAAAACAACAGGUCUCGCGCAUGGCGUGAGGCAGGGAUUCGGGACGAUCAGCCAUUUGUCGAAGCUUAUGUCAUUGUGAACCACGUAUUGCAUAGUAGAGACAAUCUCAAAUCCUGCUUUGAAGAGCUUGUCACCGAUGCCCAUUCCCUGGUCGAAGUUAUGGAUUUGGGUGGAUUGAAGGAUGUCGGCUGCUUAGAGAAUGGGUGGCAGCGGGUAUAUGCAACUUUACCUCUGAACGAAAUCGACCCAUUGGGAAUCACUCGAACCGGUUUGCGUUUCAAGCAGCCUCACGAAAAUUGGACAGUCGUCAAGAAGCUCCUGGCUCCGGUUCUAGGCAGCUAUGAUGCGCACUCCGAUACGCAACCGAUAUCCUAUAAUAGUUACUGCCGAGCCUUAUUCCACCGAUGCUUCCACCUGAUAAAUGGCUGGGGAUGGCGCAAUUGCAAGCCUAUCCUCGACACUCUUUAUGAUUUCUUCGCCAAAAACACCCUGUACAACCUGAAACACGAGGAAAGCUACAGCUCUCCUGCUUUCUUGGAUGAACUGGACCGCAACCCUUCGCUUGACGUCUUACCCGGUGACCCAUGCUUCCAUAUCUUGCUGAAGAUCGUCGCAAGUGGUUUGCGCUUUUUGUCUCAGUUCUACGAUAAGAAGAAGGUCCGGAAUUUCGCCUGGCGCCUGUUGCCGAAUCACGGUCGAGUAUAUCCCAAAGAGAAGCCUAUCCAUCAGACCGACUUGGACGCUCUACGGAACCACCAUGACCUUCUCUGCACCUUGUACUACGCGGUGCCUGAUGGAUGCCGUCCACGCAUCGAGGCAAUCAAGAACCUCGUGCACCCUGGCAGCUCGCAUCGCGAAACCUGCAUUAUCAGCCUUCGGUCAUGGACGAGGCUUGCGCGGUUCAAGAUGUCGACGGAGGAGGAUGCGUUGGGAUUAGAGCCAUUUGCCGAUUGGCACUGUUAUUUUGUCGCGGAGCUGUUGAAGCAGCACGGUCUUGCACGCAAGGAAGUCGAAUCGCAGAGCACUGCGGAUAACCAAUUUUCGCACCAGCUGAUUGAGCGAACGAUAGCGCAGAAUCAGCAACAGAUCGAAUCGUUGCUGAAGACCGCGUUGAACAGCUUACAAGAUAUCGUGCAAUCGGCCUCUACAUUGGAUCGCGCCUAUAAGAUAGUCUCGAAGACGCCCAUAAACUGGGUCCUAGGUCUUUUCAAUUCGAAGGCUGCACGCCUUAACGCCACGGUGUCGGAGGCCCUCCAGGUGAUCAUGGCUUACAUCGAAAAAUGUCGUCCCGCCCCUGUAGAUACCAGAUCCGGGGUGGCAAACGGACCAGCCGCAACGGACGAAGACAGUCAAGAGUACGGGGAUUGGAGGGAUCUAGACUUUGAUGCGAUCUGUGGAGACGAGGUUUCUGAGGCGCGCCCUGAGGGGAUAGUGCACGUGGAACAGUUUUUCCAUCCUGCUGUGUCGCGUCUUGUAUCCAACUGCUUUGGCGAAGACCACAGCCCCGAAGAUGCCAUAUUGUUGGCUGUUGUGGACUGCUGGACUUCGAUAGCGCAGAUCCUGGUCCAGUAUCGGAUACGGCAUUGGGAUAGUUACAUGAGCCCGUAUGAUGGCGAUUCUUGGGCAACGCUUCGAGGCACUAUUCAGACGAGAAAAUUCACGCCCAGAUUUCUUGCAAGUUGCAUUGAGAAGGACGCCCAAUUUGUGUCUGACUGUCGGACCCAGAUCUUUGGGAUGUGGAUGACGAGCCUGGUGGAACGGGUGUCGAUGCUCAAGUUCCAGCACAGUCUCACCGAGGCAUUGCUGAAUCGAGAUGCGCAGAAUCCCAUCCUGCACAAUCUGCCAUUUUCCAAGGACGUCAGAGAUAAUAAAUUCUCGAUUACACUAGAAGACCUUAGCCAACGGCGUUUGUCCCUACUGUCGAGUCUUUUGUCUAACAUGCGCGCCCACAUCCAGAACCUGGAGGAUACAGAAAGCAUGGAGCUCUCGAGCACGAAGCACGAGUACCGCGAGCUCAUCCAGACGAUGAUGUCGUCCAUGAAAGAGAACUACAAGGAGCUCGGCAAUGGGGGAACAAGCGCACGAGGGGCAUACGUCGAUUUCGUCCACCGUGUCGUUGGGUUCCUGCAGCAGCACACCAGAGACAUCUGCCCUAUUGAUCCGUUCUUCACCGAUCCUGCGACUUUCCCGCUCCCUUCAACAGACCCCACGUAUAUCGUCGCCAGGCUGAAGAGCUACGAACCGAAGCUCGCAUCGGAGAAAGUCGCAAAGACGCUGAUCAUAUUCGUCCAAGGGGUCUCAGAGCGAGCAGCCAUCGACGGGCAACAGAUGUACCUUGUCCAGCAGCUGCAUGCCUCCAUGACAGACACGUACGAAGCCGGAGACCCGAGCAAGCCGACCCUGCGCGCAAUCCUCCUGCAGUCUGUCUUCCCAGCCUACCUCGAGACAACGUUCACCAACCCCGCCGCAUGGAUGCUCAGCCGUCCCGUCACGCAAAGCAUCACCCAGACUUUCCAGGAACUGCUCUUCCACAUGGACACCACAGACCCUCACUGCGUCGCAUCCGUCGUCAAUCUCAUCACCGCAGUCUUCCGCUCAUCCUACACCGCCCUCUACUCUCUCAUCGAGAAACCCAACAAGACACUCCAGGACCCGCCCUCAAUAAUUACAGCCGCCUCCUUCAUCGACAUGCUCACCUCCUCCCUCAAAGUAACAGACUACAUACACCGCGCCACAAACACAGCCACGCACCUCAUCUCCCAAAUCCACGCAUUCGAAACCCUCGUCCUAUCCAUCGCAUGCACCCUCCACAACAGCAACCCCGCAACAGAAGACCUCCCUCCUUCGCCCUCCUGCUCCCCCAUCUUCACACCACCCUCUCCUAUUACCACCCCCACCACUAUUACCAACCCACCCUUCUUCCACGAAAUCUACCACUCCGCCACCCGCGAACUCCAAUCCUACCUCAACGAGAGCUGGUCCCGCCACAACGCGAAAUACUACUUCACGCGCCGCGGCGGCCACCACCCGCAGGAGGUAGCGCUGGAGCCGGCUGUCGCUGCGCAGCUGGAGUAUUCAAGUGAGGUGUUUGAUGGUGCUUGUAUGCGGUUUUUGGAGGUGGUGGGGGGGUUGGGCUUGGUUGAGUCUGACUAG